AUGUUGCUGCUGCUGCUGCUGCUGCUGCUGCUGUUUGCUGUGCUGCAGCUGUUACAGUGCGUCUUGGGGCUGCACCGCCGUCUCUCUGUUGCGAGGCCGCAGCUGCAUGCGCUGCAGCAGCUGCUGCGGUGUCCUGCUGCUGCUGCUGCUUCUUGGUCUCCAACAGCUGCUGCUCGAGCAGAGGAGGCAGCAGCAGCUGCAGCAGCAGCAGCAGCAGCAGCAGCAGAGCCACGGAGUAUCUGCCGCCUCUCAGAAGGGGCAUUCAACGACACAACUGAAGACAGCAGCAGCAGCAGCAGCAGCAGCAGCAGCAGGAACGCCGCGCUGCAGCAGCACAUCUCGCUGCAACACUUCAACAACGACUUCAGGUUUUUUGUGCAGCAGCAGCAGCAGCAACAGCAGCAGCAGCAGCAGCAGCAGCAGCAGCAGCAGGCGCAUUCGAUUGAUAUACCAGCUGUGUUGAUGCAGCAGCGGCUGCAGCGCGCGACGCAGCAGCAUCAUCAUUCACAGCAGCAACAGGAACGCCGCGCUGCAGCAGCACAUCUCGCUGCAACACUGGAAGAUAGCGGGGGCUACGGCGGCGUUCUGUCGGCUGCUGCAGCAGCAGAUGCAGCUCAGAAAGCAGCAGCAGCAGCAGCACAGCAGCAGCAGCAGCAGCAGCAGCAGCAACAGGGGACCCUCUACGGUGUACGCCACAGCAACAGCUUCUGCACGCUCUGCCCAUCCGUCCCUGUGGAGCUGCCGCAGCAGCAGCAGCAGCAACAGCAGCAGCAGCAGCAGCAACUUCCAUUGCGCAACAACAGUUUCUUUGAUGAGGGGAAGAAGGCAUCUGAAUGGGAUGUAGAUAUAUCAGGAGACGCAGCAGCAGCAGCAGCAGCAGCAGCAGCAGCAGCUGCAGCAGCUAGCGGGGCGCAGCAGCACUCUGCUGCAUCUUCUCCUACAGCUGCAGGUAUUUCUGCUGCAGCAGCAGCAGCAGCAGUAGCAGCAGCAGCAUCAGCUGCUGCUGCCCCAUGUCAUACAGCCAACAACGACUUCAGGUUUUUUGUGCAACAGCAGCAGCAGCAACAGCAGCAGCAGCAGCAGCAGCAGCAGCAGCAGCAGCAGCAGCAGGCGCAUUCGAUUGAUCUACCAGCUGUGUUGAUGCAGCAGCGGCUGCAGCGCGCGACGCAGCAGCAUCAUCAUUCACAGCAGCAAGUACAGCAGCAGCUGCAGCAGCAGCUGCAGCAGCAGCUGCAGCAGCAGCACGAGCUGCUGCAAGGGAGAUUCGUUCCCCAGGAGCAGCAAACCACAACAGCGUUGCUGCUGCUAGCAGCAGGAAGCCAGCAGCAGCAAGAAGAACGAGCUGCUGCAAGGGAGAUUCGUCCCCCAGGAGCAGCAAACCACAACAGCGUUGCUGCUGCUAGCAGCAGGAAGCCAGCAGCAGCAAGAAGAGACAGACAGCUCAGAUGA